UUUCGGUUAUCUCCCAGCUUCCCCACUUCCAUCAGUGGAGAAAGAGCAUGAUUGAUCACUGUUACUACUAACUAGUAGUUAUCAGAUCAUAACAGUAUGACUAUUGUGGCCUUUCUCCAAGCAUAGAUGCUGUUGGAGGUUUUCGAUAGCCUCGCCCUAUAAUGAUAAGGGUCUUGAACUUAUACAGAAGAGAUUCGGACCAAAUUGUACCGCCACACAUUGCCUGAUUUGAGUAAAUCAUGCGAACUGCAGCAUCGCGAUCAACGAUCAUCCGGCAGGGGCAGUGGGGUUGCGCGCCCCCGCUCUUCCCAACCCCGCGUAUAUUUCCCCAUACGUCGAGGGAGGUAUGUAGCAUUCGAUCUAUGAGUAUGGCUUAAAUAUUCCUAAGACGACUCUAUAAUAUCCUCAUGAGCCAGUUAAGUUACUUCAAGAUUCACAAGAAGUAUUCAGAAACACGUCCACAGACAAAAUGGAGUUGCAACUUCCUAACCGAGGGGUCUAUACGGACCCAGAACAUAAUCUCUUUAUCAAGGAGGCAGAACCUGCCCUCGAACAUAUAAACGAUGGAUCAAGCUUAGCAGAGGGAGAGGUCACAAUAGCAAUCAAGUUCAGUGGCAUCUGCGGUUCGGACGUGCACUUCUGGAAACAUGGCGGGAUCGGUCCGUGGGUGGUAAAUGAAGCACAUAUCUUGGGGCAUGAGUCUGCAGGGCUCGUCGUCAAGGUCCACCCUUCGGUCACGACACUCGCAGUCGGAGAUCGCGUCGCGGUUGAACCUCAUAUUGUCUGCAAGGCUUGCGAACCGUGCCUUACCGGGCGCUACAAUGGGUGCAAGAAUCUGCAGUUCCGCUCCAGUCCACCAUCUCAUGGUCUCCUGCGGACCUACGUGAACCAUCCCGCCAUCUGGUGCCACAAGAUCGGCGAUCUAUCAUUUCAGAAAGGCGCCUUGUUGGAGCCACUGAGUGUCGCACUCACCGCAGUGACUCGUUCGGGGGUCAAGAUUGGAGACCCGGUGUUGAUUUGUGGCGCAGGGCCAAUUGGGUUGGUGGUGCUGCAAUGCUGCCGCGCUGCUGGGGCGUAUCCCAUUGUGAUUAGCGAUGUUAACCCGGCGCGUCUCCAGUUCGCGCAACAGUUCGUGCCUGCUGCUCGAACACUGCAGGUUCGGCCGGAGGAGACGGACAAGGAAUUCGCAGCUCGGGUGGUGCAGUUGAUGGGUGGGGAGGAUUGCGAGCCCGUGGUUGCCCAAGAAUGCACGGGAGUCGAGAGUUCCAUCGCCAAUGCUAUUCAGAGUGUCAAGUUUGGGGGCAAAGUGUUUGUGGUCGGCGUGGGCAAGGACAAGCUUCAGUUUCCAUUCAUGCGACUGAGCGAGCGCGAGAUCGACCUGCAGUUCCAGCAGCGCUAUGUCAACAUGUGGCCUCGUGCCAUCCGGGUGAUGUCCAGCGGAGUGAUUGAUUUGGGCCCGAUGAUCACUCAUGUCUAUGCCUUUGAAGACGCUUCCAAGGCGUUUCAGACGGCGUCGGAUGCGAGUAGCGGCUCAAUCAAGGUGUUGAUUGAGGGACCAAAAUGAUCGAUGACAGAGCUUGGACAGUGAGUUAUGAAUGCCAUAAGACAUAGCUGAACAGGAUAUGCAUCUUAUGCAGAACAUAAUGACUAUCCU